AUUCUUGGUACCUACACUCCACCAACUUGGCACUAUCCUCUCCCCAGGGCAUGCUGGGAACUUGUUUAGGACUGUAACUGAGCCUGGGAGUCCGGGUGGAUGGUAGCGGAAGGGAGAAGCCCCCUAACCCUGAAUUCGUUCGACCGGAGAGGUGCAUAAGGAGGAAGUCUGCCCACCUUGGGGCUCCCACUCCCUGAAGGACCACAGUCUGAGCCAAGCAGAGAUCCUGGAGCCUGAGGGAAUGGCUCCUGGGACCCCGAGGUCCCCUUCCCGGGGGUCGAUAACAUUCAAGGAUGUGGCUGUGGACUUCACCCAGGAGGAGUGGUGCCUGUUGGACCCUUCUCAGAAAGAGCUGUACAGGGAGGUGAUGCUGGAGAAUGUGCAGAAUCUACUCUCUGUGGAGGCAGAGACUAAUUUUGAAGUUAAGGAGAUGAUUACAAAACUAAGCCGGAGGACAAAACUGAGCCUGAGGAAAUGCUUUCCUGAAGAAGUACGACUUACUGAGUUACCUAAGAAAACUCCUGAAUUGCCCCUGUAUCAAGGAAAUCUAAGGGGAAUUUCCUUCGACUUGAGUUUAGACCUCAUUAGACAUCCAAAAUGUAAAAGUGUAGAGAAGAUUUCUGUGAGUAAUAAAAGUGGGAGAACUUUCAAGCAGAACUCCAAACUUGAUUCAUAUCAAAUAAUCCACUCUGGAGAGAAACCUAAUGAAUAUAAACACUGUGGAAAGGCUUUCACACAUAAAGAUAUUCUUGCUGUACAUCAGAGAAUCCGAACUGUAGAGAAACCUUAUGAAUGUAAACAAUGUGGAAAACAUUUCACACAAAGGAGUAAUCUUGCUAGACAUCAGAAAAUCCACACUGGAGAGAAACCUUAUGAAUGUAAACAAUGUGGAAAGGCUUUCAAACAGAGGAGCCAUCUUGCUGAGCAUCAGAGAAUCCAUACUGGAGUGAAACCUUAUAAAUGUAAACAAUGUAGAAAGUGUUUCAGAAAGAGGGGCAAUCUUGUUAUGCAUCAGAAAAUCCACACUGGAGAGAAACCUUAUGAAUGUACACUGUGUGGAAAGGCUUUCACAUGCAAGGGUGAUCUUGGUAAGCAUCAGAGAAUCCACACUGGAGAGAAACCUUAUGAAUGUAAACAGUGUGGAAAAGCUUUCAACCGGAGGGGCCAUCUUGUUGCACAUCAGAGAAUUCACACUGGAGACAAACCUUAUGAAUGUACACAAUGUGGAAAGACUUUCAAACGAAGGAGCCAUCUUGCUGGGCAUCAGAAAAUCCACACUAGAGUGAAAUCUUAUCAAUGUAAACAAUGUGGAAAGGCUUUCACAGAGAGGAGCACUCUUGUUAGGCAUCAGAGAAUCCACACUGGAGAGGAACCCUAUGAAUGUAAAGAAUGUGGAAAGAGUUUCAUAGGGAGGCACUCUCUUGCUAUACAUCAGAGAAUCCACACUGGAGAGAAAUUUUAUGAAGGUCUUUCCAAGCAAACAAAUAAGAGGAAAUGGGGAAGAUGUAGAAGGAAUAGAGGAUCUAAUCACUACUGUUCAGUCCAUUCUUUCCAAGGACUGAGGCUCAUGAUGCAUUGGGCUGAUUUCUGAGACUGUGAAAGAGUCCCACCAUUCUGAUGAAGUAAUAAGGGAGGAUUUGAGUGUGCAAGUCCACCUUGUUUCAAAAUAUCAACACAAGUUUGAGAGCGCACUACUAAAAAGUUAAACUGUCUGCAGAUUUCUUAACCCUUUUCUGACUCAAGGAAAAGAAAAAAGCAUACGAAUUUGGAAAAAUCCAACUAGUAUUAGUUUUUGCUGAAUUUCUUAUCUAUUUUAUAAUUCUUUUCAUUGGACUUCAAGAACUAUGUGUUUCUGACUACAAAAAGGAAAAUAUUGGAGGUGCUAAAAGCGAAAAAGUCCAUGUGAUAGAUAGUCUGAUGUAAAAUCCUAUCAAUUAGAUCCAGCGUAGAGCAUUGAAAUUGUGUGAGGACUAAAAUACGGAAACAGAGAAUUAAGAAAAUAUAGCGUGGGUGAUUAAUGUAUGAAAAGGCUGACAGGGAAAACUUCUCUAUAAACUUUUAAGUUUAGACUUUUCGAAGUCAAUUGAGUGGGCAAAACAAUUCAUUCUUGCCAAGCUAGAUCUUGUUUGGGUUUUGGGAUUUCUAAAUAAGGAGAUGGGAUCAUUAAAGAUGACUAUGAUACUGCAAUGAUUUGUAAGAAUUGAUUUUUAUUCCAGGAUGAGUUCUACCUUAAAGAAAAUCAAAUAAAAGAACAGAAUGAAA